AUGGGUCUCUUCUUCGCCAACGACGCCGUCGACCUCCAGCCCGUCUCGCCUCCUCUCGGCGUCCACCUUAACCACACCGCCCAGAAACCCACCACCCUCGUCCUCAAGGAGAGCGUCUUCUCAUGGACCGGUGACAACUUUAGCGUCAAAGACACUGAGGGCCACACCGUCGUCAAGUGCUCCGGCAAGGCCGUCUCCUUCCGUGACCGAAAGGAGAUCUCCGACGCCCACGGCAAUUUCAUGUUUGCCAUCCGCAACAAGCUCAUCGCCAUCCACAAAACGUUUGUCGGCGAAGACAAGGAGGGAAAUGACCUUUUCAAGAUCAGCAAGAAAUGGGGUGUCGGUUCUCACAUGGUCGCCACCUUCAAGAACGCUUCCAACGGGCAAGACACCACCCUCGUCCUCCGCGGUGACUUUUGGGGAGGUUCGGCCGAUAUCAAGGUCGACAACGGACCCGUCGUCGCGCAGAUUACGAGAAAGGUCUUCAAUGCCCGAGAAUACUUUGGUGACAAGCAGACUUACAUGGUUAAUGUUGCGCCCGGUGUCGACCUUGCGCUCAUAGCUGCCGUCUGUAUCUGUUUCGACGAGGCGAAGAAUGAGAACGAGGACAAGGACUAG